UAUGCACGAUACAGCGCGGAUGUCCAUGCGUGUUCCGCGCUCCACUCGGACGGUGAUUUCUGUUGCAUUGCGCGCUCACUUCCGCUUUUGAUGACGUAUCGUGCUCAGGCGAUUAGUCGACGCGUCGUUUGUGGCAGACCUAGUUAGAAUUAUGUUUGUGCUUUUUCAAAAAAAAUGAAAAGGUCAGUUGACUUAGAAGUUUUAUCUACUCGUCUAACAUUGAAUUGCCCAUGCAAAUAUGCAAACAUAGCGUAUUUGAAAUAUCUACCUGAUGGGCAAAACACUAGUGUAAAUCGUAUAUUGGACUAUGAUUGUGUUCCAAGCAAGUUCUGGUGCCACAUGAUCAUCUCAUACAUUAUGUAAGAUUUAAAUUUAGACGUGAGCACUGAGAAAGUUUUACUCCCCUAGCAGAUCAAUGUGAAAACAUCACUCAGUGUCAAACUCCAUCUAGUGAAACUCAAGCAUGAGAGACAAGUAACAAUAAGCAAAACAUUUGUGAGUGUUUAAACCAAGUAUUUCAAAAGCCAAAACAAAUAGUACUUGUCUCAAACUGAAAAUAAAUGUUCAAAUAGGUUGUGGAGGUCACUUGCUUUUAAUAUCAAAUAUUUCCUGUCACAGCUUGAAUAUUAUUAGAUAUGAAGUGAUUGUAAGAUUUUUGUUCAUGUGUCUUUUUUUUUUUUUUUUUUUUUUUUAAUAAUUUUUUGGUAAAUAGUUUCUCAUAGAAAACAGCAAAAUGACAACCAGUUGUUAAAUAUUCAUUCACAUGGUUCUAGUUAAAUAUGAAACUAGUAGACUGUUAAGCAUAAGGCACUGCCUCACCUAACAGCUGCAACUGUUUUAUUGCUCUCAGUUCUUGGGUCUUCAUCAGUGACAAACAUGCACAUUAGUAAUAUUCAUAAUUCAUUUCAUACAGUGCUGCAGACCACCUUGUUCUGUUGAUUCUUCACAGAAUAUUAUUAAAAAUGUGCAGUGUUAAAAACUACACAGCUCAGCUGCAUUUUCAACACAUUUGUUAAAUAACAUUUUCUCACAGUAAGAGCUUGUGAACAAGUGAUGCGUCACUGUUUCAGCUGUUCAACUCUGUUGCACUGAAUUUAAUGACAUCAUGGUGAAAGUAUGUUUUGGCAGAGCUCUUGCAUAAAUAGGGCGGAUGUUACGGACUAUGACUCUCUGGGCUGCACAUUACUCUGCAGUGCUCCUCUUGGAGAAUGCUAUCUCACUCGAUUACUGGAAAAUCAUGUAGGAAAGUUUGUGUGCUCUCAUGCAGAAAAGGGGCUCGGACAGAGCUGAAAAAUGCCCAUGGGUCAUAAUUCCUCAACUGUGGCCAUCAUGCUCCAGAUGUGCGUGAUGAUUUGUUUGCUGUCAGUGGUCGUCUCGCAGUCAACAAAUUCCUCAUCCAAAAAAGGUCGCAAUAUCACCAUCCACUCCUCCCAGCUGGUCUGCAGCCUCCCGGGACCAGCAGGGCCUGCGGGGAACCCUGGAGCCCCUGGAUCACAGGGGACCAUGGGCCCCAUGGGGCCCCCAGGGAAGGAUGGCCCUGAUGGGAAGGAUGGAGAGAAAGGAGAAAAAGGAGACAGAGGUAAUCCAGGGAGACCCGGGAACCAAGGAAAGCCAGGUGUGAAAGGUCGUGAAGGGUACAUAGGAAAGGCUGGACCUCGGGGGCUGAAGGGGCUGCGUGGAGCACCAGGGGUGGCUGGAAAACGGGGACAAAAAGGAGAGCUGGGUGACAUGGGCCAGCAAGGAGCUCCUGGCGGCUGCAACUGUGGCAGUACAGCCCGAUCUGCCUUCUCUGUGGCUGUGACAAAGAGCUAUCCUAAAGAGCGAAUGCCCAUCCGCUUCAGCCGGAUCCUGCUGAAUGAGGGGAACCACUACAACACCAGCAGUGGGAAGUUCGUCUGUGCUAUCCCAGGGGUCUAUUACUUCACCUACGAUAUCACACUGGCCAAUAAGCACCUGGCCAUCGGGCUGGUGCACAAUGGACAGUACAAGAUCAAGACAUUUGAUGCCAACACGGGGAACCAUGAUGUGGCAUCUGGUUCUACGGUUCUCCAGCUGCAGCAGUCAGACCAGGUCUGGCUGCAGAUCUUCUACUCUGAGCAGAACGGACUCUUCUUCGAUCCUUUCUGGACAGACAGCACCUUUACUGGCUUUCUUAUCUACGCUGACCAGGACUUUCUCAAUGAGGCUGAUAACAAAGCAAAUGCUCAGGCUGACAGUUAAUGCUACAGUCCUGAAAAAAAUCUUUGUUUUGUUCCAUUAACUGAUUUUAAUUCAUACUGAAAUGAGAGCUCCCUUCAGCUUCAGUCGAUUUCAGCUAUUUAACAAGUUCUGACACCAGGGGGAGCACAAGAAAAGAAACUAAAUGCUGGUAAGUCACUCAAAAGGGCUUCAAUAUUCAACAAAUGUGUUUUCACAAAAUAUUUUAAACACUGACACCAAAAGUAGCUUACUUAAUUUCAUUCUUUGUACUUUUAACUAUGUUACAGGAGGUGGCGCAAUGUUAUCUUACGCGAUGCACAACACAAUUAAAACUAAAAUCAGUGCACUAAUGUGAUUAGUUUUACUGAUGUAUGUGUUCUUGACUGUUUCGUAUAAGAUAUUGUAAAUUCAACACAAGAUAUUUUCUCUUGAUAAAAAUAAAUGUAAACCUACAAUUUUUCAA